AUGAAAACAUUACGAAGUAUUAAAGACUUGGAAGUUUGUGUUGAAAACUCUAUUUCUAUAAGAGUUGAAUUUAGAAAUUGGCCAAGACUCGAAUUUAAAUUCAAAUCAUACACAACUUUUGAAGACUGCGAAGGAAAAUUGAGUAAAAUUGGAUUAAGGGCCUCGAUCGAUCAUUUUAUGGAUAUUGCCAAUCGACGUAAACUGACACGAAUUGGUGUUUAUAACAGUAACAUUCAGUUUUCAAAGAAGUUUAUUCAUCGAAUUUUCGGUGGAUUGCAUACUUUUGCGUUAUCAUGCUCAGCAUCUUUCACGAGUCUUGAAAUGGUUUCAGCCCUUGAGUCUAUAGACAAGCUGAUAUUUCAUACCCGCAAGCGACGUGAACGUCUUGAUACUACUAUGCUUCGAAACAGAGAUAUUGUCUAUGCUCCGGGUGUCAAAAUUACUCUGAACGAGCUUCUGUUCAUGAAUGUUUCGAUGUUUGUACAGUUCAGUUCGGUUUAUCUGGAAAAUAAGGAAACAAAUAGUUUUUUGAAACACUGGAUUUAUGGAUCAAACAGAUCACUUGAGUACUUCAGUAUGCAGUGUGACACAUCGCUGAACGAGCUGAUCCUUUUUGAUGGGUUGGAAUAUGAAGAAUUAUCAUCGAGAAUGGUCACAAGAUACCGAUACAAGUUUCAUCCUGAAUCGAGUUUCUAUGAAACUGCAUCAAUUUGCGGUGGAUUCAGUAUUCUAAGGUAUGAUGGAGCCAGAGCCACUGUUCAAUUGAAGAAAUUUACUGCUUAUUCAAAAAUUCGAAUGAUUGUUUGGCAUUGA